UGUCAACGUAUCCAGCAGCAGGUGUAGUGAAAAUCCAACUGCUUCGUACAGCAUUUCGAGAUGACAGAGAACGACGUUGAUAAUGAGCUGUUAGACUAUGAGGAGGAUGAAGUUGAUGGCGGUGUUGCUGGGGAUACAGGGCUUGGACACAGCGACAGUGUCAUAUCCAUCAGGAAAGAAGGGGUCAAAGGGUCAUAUGUGUCCAUCCACUCCUCAGGAUUCAGGGAUUUCCUUCUCAAACCAGAACUCCUGAGAGCUAUAGUAGACUGUGGCUUUGAGCAUCCAUCUGAGGUUCAGCAUGAAUGCAUUCCUCAGGCAAUCUUGGGGAUGGACGUAUUAUGUCAGGCCAAGUCUGGAAUGGGGAAGACGGCUGUUUUUGUGUUGGCCACCCUUCAGCAGCUGGAGCCAGUGACCGGUCAGGUAUCAGUGUUGGUGAUGUGUCAUACUCGAGAACUGGCGUUCCAGAUCAGCAAAGAGUAUGAGCGCUUCUCCAAAUACAUGCCUAGUGUCAAGGUGGCAGUGUUCUUUGGGGGUUUAUCUAUAAAGAAGGAUGAGGAGGUGCUGAAGAGAGAGAGCCCUCAUGUGGUGGUGGGAACUCCUGGACGUAUUUUAGCUCUGUCUCGCAACAAGAGUCUCAACCUGCGACACAUCAAGCACUUCAUCCUUGAUGAAUGCGACAAAAUGCUGGAGCAACUUGACAUGCGGCGGGAUGUCCAGGAAAUCUUUCGUAUGACCCCUCACGAGAAGCAAGUCAUGAUGUUCAGUGCUACCCUGAGUAAAGAGAUCCGUCCCAUCUGUAGGAAGUUCAUGCAAGAUCCGAUGGAAAUUUUUGUGGACGAUGAGACCAAGCUGACGCUUCACGGCCUCCAGCAGUACUACGUCAAGCUGAAGGACAACGAGAAGAACAGGAAGCUCUUUGACCUCUUGGAUGUGUUGGAGUUCAACCAGGUGGUGAUCUUCGUUAAAUCGGUGCAGCGUUGUAUCGCUCUUGCUCAGUUGCUGGUGGAGCAAAAUUUCCCUGCCAUUGCCAUUCAUAGAGCAAUGCCUCAAGAUGAAAGACUAGCUCGAUAUCAGCAAUUUAAGGAUUUCCAGAGACGAAUCCUAGUGGCCACAAACCUGUUUGGCCGAGGUAUGGACAUCGAAAGAGUCAACAUUGCGUUCAACUACGACAUGCCUGAAGAUUCGGACACAUACCUGCAUAGGGUUGCGAGAGCCGGCAGGUUUGGAACGAAAGGUCUGGCCAUCACCUUUGUGUCAGAUGAGACUGACGCACGCACUUUGAACGAUGUUCAGGACAGGUUUGAGGUGAACAUCAGCGAACUUCCAGAGGAGAUUGACAUCUCGUCGUACAUUGAACAAACCCGAUAAAGAUGACCACACAUCAGGCAGCAGUUUCUUCAGAGGAUGCAUGGCAUUGUAGCAUUUGAUAGCAACUGAGAGUUUUUUAUUUCAUAUAGACUGUUAUUGU